AACACCUAGUACAGGUGAAAGGGUGGCGGUGAGAGGAAGUUCCCACAGGCUGAGUUCUUAAAGCCAUGAAGACACAAGACUAAUAACAAGGAGUGGCCAAUUGGAGUCUUUUGGACUUGCCUGGAGCUCCACCCUCGGCCAGAGGAAAAGCCCCUCGGGACCGAGGCGGGAGCAUCCGACAAGCUCGAGAAAAGCGCCACCUCUGCGCAGCGGGUGCGGGGCAGCGACCUGUCCUUUGGGCUGGCCAUGGCGGCGGCCGGAGCUACGCGCUCGCGGAGUCCAACCCUUGGCCUUCCGCACCUACUGACCCUGGCGAUCCUUGUACUUGCCUGUGAUGCGUGUAAAGAAGUGAUCCUUCAGGUCCCCUCUGAACUACCUGCUGAGAAGUUUGUUGGCCGAGUGAACCUGAAGGACUGUCUUAAAUCAGCAAAUCUCAUUCAUCCGAGUGAUCCUGAUUUCCAAGUUUUAGAAGAUGGUUCUGUGUACACAACCAAUUCUGUUGUUUUGUCCUCCGGCCAAAGAAGCUUUACUAUAUGGCUUUUCAACUCAGACAGCCAAGAAGAAAGAGAGCUAUCUGUCCAUUUAGAGGUACUAAAUAAAAAACUGCACAAAGAUAAAGUCCUCAGCCGUGCCAAGAGAAGAUGGGCUCCUAUCCCCUGUUCCAUGCUAGAGAAUUCUUUGGGUCCCUUCCCAUUGUUUCUUCAGCAGAUCCAAUCCGAUACGGCUCAAAACUACACCAUAUACUAUUCCAUCAGAGGCCCAGGAGUUGAUAGAGAACCUUUAAAGUUAUUUUAUGUGGAAAGAGAUACUGGAAACCUCUAUUGCACUGGUCCUGUCGAUCGUGAACAGUAUGAGUCCUUUGAGCUGACAGCAUUUGCGACGACUCCAGACGGGUAUACCCCAGAGUACCCACUGACCCUCAUCAUUAAGGUAGAGGACGAGAAUGAUAACUACCCGAUUUUUACAAAGACGCUAUACAGUUUCACCGUCUUGGAAAGCAGUGCAGUUGGUUCUGUCGUGGGGGAGGUCUGUGCGACUGACAAGGAUGAGCCCGACACGAUGCACACUCGGCUGAGGUACUCCAUCCUGGAGCAGCGGCCUUCCCCACCCACCUUAUUCACUAUGCAUCCCACUACCGGUGUGAUCACGACCACGUCGUCCCAGCUGGACAGAGAGUCAAUUGACAAAUACGAGUUGAAAAUCAAAGUACAGGAUAUGGAUGGCCAGUAUUUUGGUUUGCAGACAACAGCAACGUGCAUCAUUACUAUCGGAGAUGCGAAUGACAACUUGCCAACAUUCACUCGCACUGUUUAUGCGACAUCAGUGGAAGAAAAUACAGUUAAUGUGGAAAUACUACGUCUUACUGUUCAGGAUAAAGAUUUGGUUAACUCUCCUAACUGGAGAGCUAAUUACACCAUUUUAAAGGGCAAUGAAAAUGGAAAUUUUAAAAUUGUAACAGAUCCCCAAAGCAAUGAAGGCAUUCUGUGUGUGGUUAAGCCUCUGAACUAUGAAGAACAGCAGCAGGUGACCCUGCAAAUUGGUGUAGUUAAUGAAGCCCCGUACACGAGAGAGGCUAGUGCAAGGUCACCCAUGAGCACAGCCACAGUGACUGUCACCGUGAAAGAUGUGGAUGAGGGCCCCGAGUGUAUCCCUCCAACACAAACUGUGCGGAUUCGAGAAAAUGUACCCGCUGGUACCAAAAACGAUGGGUAUAAGGCGUACGAUCCCGACAACAGAAGCAGCAGUGGGAUAAGGUACAGGAAGUUAAGUGACCCCAGAGGAUGGAUCACUGUUAAUGAAGACUCAGGAUCAAUCACCAUUUUCCGAACCCUGGAUCGAGAGGCUGAGACCGUCAGAAAUGGCAUCUAUAAUAUUACAGUCCUUGCAUUAGACACAGAUGGGAGAAGCUGUACCGGCACUCUGGGAAUCAUACUUGAAGAUGUGAAUGACAAUGGCCCAUUCAUACCCAAGCAGACGGUGGUGAUAUGUAAGGCCACCAUGUCCUCUGCUGAAAUUGUUGCAGUUGAUCCCGAUGAGCCAGUGAAUGGCCCACCAUUUGAUUUUAGUUUGGAGAGUUCUGAUUCGGAAGUACGGAGGAUGUGGAGGCUCACGAGAAUUAACGAUACAGCAGCUCGUCUUUCCUAUCAGAACGACCCUUCAUUUGGAUCCUACGGAGUUCCUAUCCGAGUUACGGACAGGCUUGGUCUGUCCUCAGUCACUUCACUGAAUGUUAUUAUUUGUGACUGCAUUACUGAAAGUGACUGCACAGCCCGCUCAGGAGAAAGGACCGGCUAUGCAGACGUGAGACUCGGACCAUGGGCUAUUCUUGCUAUACUGUUGGGCAUAGCCUUGCUGUUUUGUAUCCUGUUCACGUUAGUCUGUAGUGUUUCCCAGGCAACAAAGCAACAGAAAGUUCUUCCUGAUGACUUGGCGCAGCAGAACCUAAUUGUGUCAAACACCGAGGCUCCUGGAGAUGACAAAGUUUAUUCCACCAAUGGCUUCACAACCCAAACCGUGGGAGCUUCUGGGCAGGCAGCCUUUGGCACCUUGGGAGCCGGAGCCAAAGGUGGAGGGCAGGAGACCAUUGAGAUGGUGAAAGGAGGACACCAGACCUUGGAGUCCUGUGGGGCGGCUGGCUAUCAUCACCACACCCUGGACCCCGGCAGAGGAGGACGUGUGGAGGUGGACAACUACAGAUACACUUACUCCGAGUGGCACAAUUUCACUCAGCCUCGACUUGGUGAAAAGGUGCAGUUGUGCCAUGAGAACGACAAUCAAAACCUCGCUCAAGACUAUGUCCUCUCUUACAACUAUGAAGGAAGAGGCUCGGCUGCUGGCUCUGUGGGUUGCUGUAGUGACCAACAGGAAGAAGAUGGGCUUGAGUUUUUGGACCAUUUGGAACCUAAAUUUAGGACAUUAGCAGAAAUAUGUGCAAGGAGGUGAAGAACUCUAACAGGACAACCAAACUAAUGGAUUUAUCCCCAUUCCCCUUGCUUUUAAAUAUAAACCAGGAUUUUUUUUCAAGAAAAAAAAAGAUGUUAUAUUUGGCACUCCCCAGCAAUGUGUCUUGGUCUGCAGAAUCUCCAUGGAAAUGCACAUUUACAGAGAAACUUGGUACACUAGUACACUUGAACUUGAAAACUAUUUUGCAUGGGUUUUGAGUACUUCUUUUUUAACCAGGUGUCAUCUACUGAUAUAAAACUUUAAGGAAAUUCACAUUAUUGUUUACAUUGGGCAUAAUUACAUCAGCCAACUUACAGUGCAAUAAAUUUAAUGGGUCUGAGUCUAUUUAUGGACAGCUUAACCUAUAACCCAAUUGGAGAUUGUAGAAACAGUUUUCUCCAGUUAAUGGAUUAAUUGAUUUUUCAUAUGGUGCUUGGAAACUGUUGUUUUCCCAAACAUUCUAAACUGUAUAUACUGUGUCUUGCAUUUGUUAUAUUCUUGUAACUUGGCCUGGUUACAUGGUACUAAGGUAGAUGGCCAGGCAGCCAUUGAGUGUGUUUGCAGUCCCAUGCUAGUGGGGUUUGCUUUUACACUCUAUUCUGGGUGAAAUCCUACACUGAAUCUAUGUCUCCUUUGUACUCACUUUGUCAGUUAAAUUUAGAUUUCAAAACUUCUUUAAAAUGUUUUUUUGUUAUUCAUACAAGUUUUUUUUUUGUGAAAUAGCAAAUGGUCUACACCAUCAUACCCUCUCCAUUUCUUUUUCUCUUUCUCUCCUGUCUGUUUUGAAACUUGUACUUGUGUUGAAGAAUUCAAAAUAUUCUCUUUUUUUUUUUUUUGGUUUUUAUGGACAGGGUUUCUUUGUAUUGUUUUGGAGGCUGUCGGUCCAGCCCGGCCUUGAACUCACAGAGAUCCGCCUGCCUCUGCCUCCCGAGUGCUGGGAUUAAAGGCGUGCGCCACCACCGCCCGACAAAUAAAUAAUUCAACAUAUUCUUAAAAGUUGUCUCUUCUCAUAAAAUAGCCUUCCUGUGGUAUGUAAGCAUUUACAUUGUCAGUUCUCUUAAGGUCAAUGUAAUAGCAACUUGUUCGGUAAUUGCUUCAUUUCUGUCCUUAGUGAAGAAUUUUUGUUUUUUUCGUUGAAACUUUAGGACUCUUUUGUGAUCUAUCUGAAGCAAUAUUCUGUAUAACAGAAACAAUAAUGUAGUUAGAAGUAGAAUGUGGCUAUCUAGUAUAGAAUAGCACAUUUACGAUCUCUAAUUCAGGGACACUGGACAUGGGAAAUAGUGAUGGUGUUUAAAGCUCAGCAUAAGAUCUCAAACAAUCUCUGGGAUAAUGAUGUUGUAACUCUUUAAAUAAUAUAGCUAGUCAUAAUUACAUGAUUGUAAAAUUAUUUUUAAAAAAUAGUUUGUUGUUACAAUUUUUACCAAAUUUAGAAAUAGGCCAAAUAAUUUUAAAAAUUUUAAGAAUUUACACAUUAGUAAACUUCAUAGCCAACUAAAUUCUAGAACAGAGGUCAUACUUCCUUCAGUAAGUUCAGCAUUUACACUAGAUGCAUGAGUAUUCUAGGCACAAUUCCGAUGCAUGAGAUUGUUCAUGGUGUGUCUGUCUUGAAUUCACCAGGUUGGCUUAUAACAAUUAUUUUCCAGAACAAAUAUUUGAAAAAAUUUGGAAUGCCAGCUAUGUUUGCAGCAGAGUCAUUCUUAUUCAGUCAAAAAUAUUUCUUAGUUAUGUUUAAUAAAUGAUAUACAAAAUGAUUGUGUGCUAGUAGUGAUGAUAAUGUAAACUGGGCAACUCUAAGCUUCUUGGUGGGUUUGUUGCCCUUGGGUCUCAUAUGAGUGUGAGCAGUUAUAAUAUAGGAACCAGCUUCCCUUUCUCAGCUACUGUUCCUAAGACUGUACAAUCAGCUUGAUUCACAGAGCUACCUGGUUACCAAUCACUCUCAGUAUCCCUGUGCUGUGGCACUGGAUAAUUUGCAUACCUUUGUCAUCUUAAGAUGAAAGAUCAUUUUAGAAUUCUUACCACUAUGUUUAAAGACACUUGAAUUAAAAGAAAAAUGUGUGUGCUUGCUGUGUCUUAGUUGGGGUUAUUCUUGCUGUGUUGAAGCACAAUGUUUAAAACCAACUUGGGAAGGAAAUAGUUUAUUUACUUACAUAGAUGAAUUUUAAGAGGGGGGCAGGGUUAAGAAUACAAAAUGAUCUAUCUAAUGUUACCCCAAUAGUAAUAAAUGAUUUUAAAUAUGUCAUAUAUACAGCCCCUUUAAUACCAAUAAUAACCAAUUAAGGAAAUGGGACAGUGGAGUCUAUUUUGAGUUGACAUUUGCCAUUUGAGAAUGUGUAUCUUCAUAAUGAUCGACUGAUGACUAACUCUCAUAUGUGCAGUUUUUCAAAACACAUCUGCAAACAUCAUUGAAUCGUAUGUACAGGACUGCCUGGUUUGUCAUGCUAUGGAUGUACCAGGUUCAUGCAGAUUGACAGAAGACUAGCCACUUCUUAUAUGACUGAUUAUUCUGAAGUCCUCUGAAUUAAAACUUUACCUGGAAGGCACUUCAUCAGUAGCUCUCCUACAGGUCCUACCAGACAUUAGCAAUGGAUUGCUGCGAGUUCAUAGCUCCUUCUAAUCAACACAGAAAACCACGGUACACAGGUUCCAGAGGGGAUUCCCUGACACAGAUCCCAUCACUCUCCUUACUGGGAAUGGCCUUUGACGUGCCAAAUAAUCUCUCUGGCCCUAAUUUCCUACCUUGUGUUGAGAGGGGAGAGGAACGCUCAAAGGGACUGCAGGCAAGGAUGAGUUAAUUCCAGAAGACUUGUUACAGAAUUGCACUGAGGACACCUGGACCACUGCCACUGAUAUGGGCAAUGCUUAGGGGAGUCAUCUCUGCUGUUGUCUGCCACCAGCCCUGGCCAUCUAUCUAAGAAGCCUAACUAGCAUCUUACCUAGGAUGGACUUUGGGACUGUGUGGUUCAGAAUCGUCUCUACACCUCAUUCUUACAGUUGUGAAGGCUCUGUUUCACUCAUCUAUAGCCCAAGAAUCAGCAUGAGAAGUCUUGAGACGACAAAAAAGGAAGGGAUGCUUCCUAAUCAGCCAUCAUUGUAUCAAGAGGCAAAAUUUUAGGGAUUUUUUUUUUCAGAGAAAUGCAUGUGACUACAUCUUCACUAGGAGAAAACCAAUGGUGCUAUAUUGUCAGUGAAUUCACUAUUUCUUUCUUUUUUUCUUUUUUUUUUUUUAAGACAGGAUCUCAUUAUGUAGCCCAGUCUAGCCUCAAACUCAUGACCUUCCUGCCUCAGCCUUCCAGGGAGGUACAGUGAAGUUUUAUUUUGGGUUUCUCUUUAGCCAUUUUAUACAGCUGUUUUCUUGUCUAAAUUUGUCAUCUUAACAUGAGGUCUUUAAAAAUGUUUUUUGAGAUUUAUAAUAGAAUUACAUCAUUUCUCUUUCUUCCCACCAAAUUCCCCCAUGUAGCUCUCCUUGAUCUCUUUCAAAUUCACAGCCUCUAUUUUCAUUGUUAUUGGUUACAUAUGGAUACUUGUAUAUGCACUUAUGUCUCUAAAUAUAACCUACUCAGUCAGUA